AUGGCAUUUGUGGAGAAUGACACUUCUAUGCAAGAAAGGUUCUCUUUAUUGUUGCUAGAGCCAGGUGAAAUUUACUUUGAGGAUUACAGUGUGUAUUAUUACCCUCCAGGCUUGUCAGAAGAAGAGGCUAUUAAAAAGAGACAAAAAGGAAGAUUGAAGAUAUGCUCCAAGUCAAUUCUGGUUGACCCAAAGGAUUCUCAGUAUCCAUUGCUAAAGUUCCCGUUUAAAGAGAUAGAAUGUAUGGAAGAAUGGGCUGGCAGUUUGUUCUCAAAAUUAGAUGCCAGUCAGCGAGUUUUGAAACUAGAAUCCCGUCUUGUCAUCGAGAUGUGUGAAAAAAACAUUGUAGCGCCAUAUGUCUUUAGAAAAGAGUUGGCUCAGCAUCUGUUCCAUCUGAAUUAUGUAACGAUUGACGACUGCCUACCUCAGAUGUGUCAGUUACACCGUGCCUCUACCUUACCCCUGGCAGACCAGACUGCUAUGAUAAAUGCUAUUGUUCUAUCUCGGCAAUCCAGGGUGAAGUUCAACACAAGCUGGCUGGAGGAUCUGUAUGAGAAGACAGUGCUGGAAUGUCAGGCUGACCGCAUCACUCCCCUGGUUACCAACCCUGGCCGUGUCAUGCUCACUUCAUCUCGCCUUUACUUCCAAGCUUUCAAUAAUGUCAACCCUAUUCCAGUGAUAAAGAUCAAGUUGUCUGACGUUUGUCGUGUUGUUAAGAGGAGGUUUCUACUUCGUCAAGUUGGCAUGGAGGUGUACUGCAGGACAGGUGCCCCAUGUUCUCACCUAUACCUCUCCCUCAAGACCCCUGAUGUACGCGACGCUCUCUACACCCGCCUCCUGGCCCAGCCCUUAGUCAAACUGGACGAGACAGGACAAGACAACAUGACUUUCAGGUGGCAGAAUGGCACCAUUUCUAACCUUGACUAUCUCCUUUACCUAAACAGCUUGGCAGACAGAAGCUUCAAUGACCUCACUCAGUACCCUGUCAUGCCAUGGGUAGUGGCAGACUACACUAGUCCUGAUCUUGAUUUACUAAGUGACUCCACAUUCCGAGAUCUCAGCAAACCAAUGGGAGCUCUGAAUCCAGCCCGACUAGAGGGACUGAAGGCCAGGUUUGCUGAAAUGCCAGAGCCCAAGUUUCUGUACGGAUCCCACUACUCCACUCCUGGAUAUGUCCUGUUUUAUUUGGCCAGGGUUGCUCCAGAGUACAUGCUGUGUUUGCAGAAUGGCAAGUUUGACCAGGCAGACCGGAUGUUCAAUGAUAUUUCAGAGACUUGGAUGAACUGCUUAAAGGGACAGGCUGACUUCAAAGAGCUCAUUCCAGAAUUUUACACUGGAAAGGGGGAGUUUCUCACAAAUAAACGGAACAUUAACUUUGGUUAUAGACAAGAUGGCAAACCAGUAGGGGAUGUCACUUUGCCUGCCUGGGCAAAAGAUCCUGAAGAGUUUGUCACAAAACUUCAAGAUGCCCUGGAGUCCAGUUAUGUGUCCAAUCAUAUCCACCAGUGGAUUGACCUGGUGUUUGGUUACAAACAGCGUGGAGAAGAGGCCGAGAAAGCUGAUAACUUGUUUUAUUACCUGACAUAUGAAGGCGCUGUGGAUAUGGACAGUAUAAUUGACCUGAAUGAGCGUGCCAGUCUUGAGAUUCAGAUCAUGGAGUUUGGUCAGACUCCCAAACAGCUCUUCACAACGCCACACCCACAGAGAUUCUCCACCAUGCCAAUUCCACAAGGCCCCAGUUUUCCUGAUGCCAGCAGAGGUCAUGAGACAGCGGUGUUUGCCGAAGAAAUUGGUGAAGUUACCAUUUCAAGAGACCAAGCACCCAGCCCCUCCCCCAGUGGUGUCAACGUCAAAAUGCUCCAGUCAUUGGAGCCGUACCUGAGACAUUCCCUCCACAAAGAAGCAGUGACAGAUGUAAAAAUCUCUCCAGAUGGAAAAAAUAUUUACUCUGUAUCUCAAGACUCCUUGUUAAAGAUGUACUCACUGGAGGAUCAAAGACAACUGAGGAGUAUCAACCUCUCCAACAUGGCUCUGUCGUGUUGUACAGUUAUGCCAGACAAUAGGACCAUCAUUGUAGGAUCCUGGGACAAUCAGGUCUAUUUUUACAGUGUGGAAUAUGGCCGUGUGUUGGAUUCUGUUAUUGCACAUGAUGAUGCUGUGUCAAGUUUGAGAUGGGAGAAUGACAUGUUAAUCACUGCUUCGUGGGACUCCACUGUUAAGAUCUGGCAGUACUGCACUCCUGAGGGAUCAAGGUCAAAAUCUGCAGAAUACCUGAUGGUACUGGAUCAUGAGAGUUGUGUGAUGUGUGUGGAUGUGAGAUCCACAGACGAUCUGGUUGUCACGGGAACAGAUGGAGGGAUGAUCCAUGUCUGGGAGAUGGCCACGGGCUCCCUAAGGGAGCAAUAUCAUGCCCACGAUGGUGCGGUGAAUGCCGUUCUCUUUAGCAUAGACGGCAGGCGGGUGUUUUCCUGUGGCAGAGAUAGUUUCCUAAAGGUCUAUGAUAUGGAGACAAGCUCAGAGAUUUUUGCCAAGGAUGUGGAACAAGAAUUAAGAUGUAUGUGCUUGACAGGGGACAAGCUGAUUGGGGGGAGUAAUGAGGGAGAGGUGAUUGUGUGGGACAUGUUUAAGGUGGCUCUGAUCCACAGGGUGAAGGGACACACUGGUGCGAUAACAUGUCUGUAUCUGUCUGAGAGUGGAUGCCUAGUUACUGGAGGAGAGGACAAGGAAGUGGUUCUCUGGAAGUCUUCUGUGUCUUGAAGAUUAUAGUAUCUAUAGUGACCGUAGUUAUAAUAGUUACAUGGCUGUGUAGAAGUAGAAGCUACAGGAUCCAGCAUCAAUCUGAUGAUUGUGUAAGUUACAUGUAGACUUCCUUAAUGUCGAUGUGAUAUUUGACAGAAACUGCGUUAAAUACUCAUUAAUACUCAUGAUUUGUUUAUACAGAAUUGUAUUUGUGUGAAAGGAUUCAGUAAAUAAUCUGCAAUUAUCAGACUUUUAAAUCCCACUAUUGAUUUGAAGUUAAAAAAUUUCUAGUCCAGAGGAAAGUCUGCCAUAAUCAAAUAUGCUUGCAUAAUGCAGGUUAUUACCGAACAAUAUUUUUGAUACUGUUAUCACUGAUUUUUUUUUUAUUUCACUUUUUAUACAUGGACAUACGUAUAGAUUGGUAUAAAUAUUCCCACCAUAAUCUUGUCUGUUGUGGAAUAAUUGAAAUAUUGUUGAGAACAGUGUAAAACACCAAUAAAAUAAAUAACGAAUAUAAAUACAUGUACAUGUAAGGCCCACUGAUGAUUGUAUGCUGUAAUACAUGUACAUGUAAGGCCCACUGAUGAUUGUAUGCUGUGUUACAUGUAAGGCCCUCUGAUGAUUGUAUGCUGUUUUACAUGAAAGGCCCACUGAUGAUUGUAUGCUGUAAUACAUGUACAUUUAAGGCCCCACUGAUGAUUGUAUGCUGUGUUACAUGUACAUGUAAGGCCCACUGAUGAUUGUAUACUGUGAUACAUGUACAUUUAAGGCCCACUGAUGAUUGUAUGCUGUGUUACAUGUAAGGCCCUCUGAUGAUUGUAUGCUGUUUUACAUGAAAGGCCCACUGAUUAUUGUACGCUGUAAUACAUGUACAUGUAAGGCCCACUGAUGAUUGUAUACUGUGAUACAUGUACAUGUAAGGCCCACUGAUGAUUGUAUACUGUGAUACAUGUACAUGUAAGGCCCACUGAUGAUUGUAUGCUGUAAUAUAUGUAAGGCCCACUAAUUAUUGUAUGCUGUAAUUACAUGUAUGAGUCUGCAUUUUAGGUUUGAUUUUUGAGAAUUUUCAUUUCAAAACAUUUGGGAUGUAUUUACAUGCACUUGAUGCCAAAGAUGGAAUUAAAUAUUUUCUGCCAGUUUUAUUUAUAACAUGUUUUCAUGGUGAAUGUUUGACUCAGACUUACAUUCAUCCUUACAUGAAAUCCGUGUAACAUGGUAAUAAGCCAAAUCUGAAUUUAGGUAUAUCUACAAUAAUUAUUCUUGCUUUUUUUUUUUUGUAACAGUGACUAAAGGCCACUCAGUUUGAAACAGUGCAUUUAAUAAUCUUGUCUGUUUUUGAGUCAGUAUAACAAAUCUCAGUGGUAAAUCCCAUUUAAUUUCUGUGAAUUUUUUGCCCAUCUGCCGUAAUAGGACAGAAAAAACAUCACAUGAAAUUCUGUUCGAUUUACAGUAAAUCACAUGUAGUAACAUUACAUGCAUGAGUUAUCCCCCUUUCAUAUGUUAUCUGUUCAUCAGAGUUAUUAGUAGGUGAUAGAUUUCACAAAAUUACAGAUAUACCUGAGAGGGCCUCCAUGGUUAGUGUGCUAGUGCAGCGUGAUGGCCCAGGAAUCUCUCACCAAUGCGGUUGCUGUGAGUUCAAGGCCAGUUUAUGCUGCUUUCCUCUCCGGCCGUACAUGGGAAGGUCUGUCAGCAACCUGCGGAUGGUCAUGGGUUUGCCCCGGGCUCUGCCUGGUUUCCUCCCACCAUGUCGUGGUAUAAGUGAAAUAUUCUUGAGUACGACGUAAAACACCAAUCAAUCACUCAGUUAUACCUGGCUUGUUUAGUGAGAUUGUGUUUGUAAUAUGUGCUGAAUUAAUGCACACCUGAACAUGUACAUCAUACAGGUAAGAGUAUACUGUACAGACAGUGAGGGCCUUUUUGUAAAGCCAGUAUCUAUUACAUGUAUAUCAGAGGCCAAUCAAUAUUACUCAAGAUCUGGAAAUUUCAUUUACCUACUUGAAGGUUUCUAGACUACAUGUAACUGUUAAAUAAAACAAGAGAAAUACUCUGUUUAUGAAACAUAAUUGUUAGAAACUUUAAGUGUUUACAUACAUGUAAAUGGUACUUCAUGCUGUAUAAUUUGGGUCCAAAUUGAACUUUUUGUCUGUGUAUUGAAAAAUUUCAUUUCUGUUGAAUAUUUGUGUAUAUAUAAUGUAUAUAUGACACUUUUUCUUUUCUUUGGGAUAUGUAGGAUAUGCUGUUGUGAAAUGUCUGUGGAUGCAUAUUCUGGUGAGAAUAUCUUUUGACAUAUAAUGCCAGCCCUAUAUAGCCACCAAAAGUAAUACAUAUAUUGGUAGACCUAAACAGUAACAUCUGAGAUAGCAGCUAGAAGCCCUACAUGUACAUGUAGCUGCUGUGUUCACAAUGAACAUAUUACAUAUCUGUGUAGCAUUCAAGGGUGAUUAUAUAUAGCCUCCUUGCCAUGUAGUACAUUUAAUCAUGGAGGCCUUGUUGUCUGAAGCUUCCACAUACACUACUAGUACAAGUGAAAUACUACACCAUAUACUGAGCAUUGCAAAGCCACCUUGUUAGCUAAGACCUUUUUAUGUUUUUCUUUUUGCAAGGAGUGCAGUGCAAUUCUCAGCUUGUAAGAUACUUUAUUUGGCACUGAUGGGAUAGAGUAGAUCCCACCUGUUGUUUUAAACGUGUAAGGCACUGUCUGAUAUAGUCAUUUUACAGUUACUCAAGUUGAUUUUUCCACAUUUUAGAGCGUUAAUAUUUAUCAUGUGAUCAGAUCAUAUGUUGUCUAUUUGUUGAAAAAAACAUACCAGCAAUUUUAAAUACUGGACCAUUACUGUUUCAGCGUGCAUGUGCAUGUCGGGUGGGCAUAAAAUAAUGGGCCUUACUUUGACACCCAAGUAUGACACCCGAAACUCUCUUACGUCAGAUUCUAAAAAUUUACACACUCAAACGCCAUUAUGUCCUAAUUAUACAGACCAAAUUUCAGUUUCAUCCUUUAAGAUUUCUGUUCAUGGUACUAAAAUCAAAAUAGAGACAAAAAUGCAUGUUCCGGACUUUUCAAAAUGAUGUUCUACCUUGUUUUACUUGAAAAGGUGAUCAAUCCAUUGCCUGCUGCAGAGAGAACCACCUUGAUUCAGCAAAACUUGUGCCAAUCUGGGAGAUGGGUUUCUCUGACACUAGAGCCAGGCAAUUUUUCCAGACAACAUUUGAUGGACGCGUGUCACACAGGUGCAACGUGUGCUCUACUCAUGACACCUGACAGGUGAUGCAAUGUGGGUCACCGGAACGUGCGUUUUUCAUUUUAACCCUGUGUACACACUACUCAAGCUAUGACCUUGAAAAUUGGUCAGAAUAUUAACAAAAUCAUGCCAUUUGAAUGUCUAAAGUUUGAAAGGGUUUGAACAAAGCAUAUUGGAGCAAUGCAGCCCAUUUUUUUAUGCCCACCCGAUAUAUAUACAUGUAGCUGAAUACUCUAACUAUGAUCAGUCUGUUGUUGUUAUCAGUUCUCAACUAGUGCGAGAUUAGGGCCUGAAGACAAGGGAUGAAUAUUAUUUACAGGUUGCUAAUUAACAAAAAUCCUGUUAUUACAUGAACUGGUAGUUUGUAUGAAUGUAUCACCUCUACCAUUUCAAUACUCGGGGUCCCUUAUAGAUAAAAUAACACAUAUGCAUGGAAAUGUACACUGAGUAUUAUAAUAUCACACACAUGUAUUCAGUGUCCUUUGCAUGCCAUCCAGUGGUAAUUGCUACCCUAAUUCCCCAAACUUUUUCGUAUAUGAAAGAGAAACUUUCAGUGCAAUUUAUGCGUAUUUGUAAGUUGAUUUUGGAGACCAAACUAAUUUAGUUCGAUUGGCCUCUUUCAGAGCUCCACAAAAAGAAUAAUUUUAUCAGUUUACUCUUGCAAACAUGUGAAAACGUUGACGAAUUACAGUACAUGUAAACUGAAUACAGUUUCCAAAGCUGCCGUAUUACAAUACAAACGCAUGGGGUCAUGUUAUAGUGUACAGGCAUGCGUGUAUGAGAAGUGUAUGUACAUGUACAAUAUGAAUAAAA